UUGCUUGUUCUGAAUUACAAUCAAGAAAGUAGUGCUGUUGGUGUAUCCUUUCCAUUCCUAGCUACUAUCUGUAAUGUUGUGUUGACGAAAGAUGUUGGUGUCACCGGGUUCAGCACAUGGAAGAAGAAACAGAAUCGUCAACGAUAAUAGUGUCGCUGGGGGCACCGUGGAGCAACGAAAGAGGUCGGCGGACGUCCACGAUGUCAACCGUGCGCUUCCACGGCAGCAUUCAGAAUCCUUUCACACUACAGCAUCACGGGCCGACGAGUGCUCGGAUGGACUCUCCACAAUGAGCGGCCAGAUGUCCUCCACAAGGCAGCUGUUUGCACACAAAACCAAAAGUAUUAUGCCAAUCCCAGACACUCGACCUGCACUGCUUCCCGAUCGACCCGAAGCCUUCACGGCAUGCUCUUGGUGGUUGGUGGAUCGAGAGCAUGAACCACCGUUGACACAGGGAGCCACGGCAUUGAGCAACAAGUUUAUCGAACAGUAUCCAGGAUGGGACCCCAAGAAUGUUCGACGAAUUCUCAAGGCUUACAAACAAUAUUUGCAAUUGGUAGUUCAGACACAAGAUUGGAGAGGCGCCAAGUUGUGUCCACCAAAACUGGUGCAAAGGAUUUGGAGCAUUCAUCGACAGGAUGUUGUUUCCUACUGUCAGGACUGUAUGUUGCUCUGUGGUGUCGUGGUGGGUAAUAACCCGGAUGACAAUGAAAGAUCUUCUACUACACAACAGAGUCAACGGAAACAAAGACAAGACUUUACGUUGCAGACGCUGAAAGAAAAAUAUGGAUCCGACUAUGAUGAGCAUAUUUGGAAUUUCCACGAUGACACUGCUACUACUGAUCAUGGAUUGGUGGAGGGAAAUGCCGACCAGCAGCACCGUCAGGCCAGUUCAGGGGGGAACAACAGCGAAACUGGCGCACAACAAAUGGCAUGUGAUGUUGCCGUCAAGGACGGUGGGGGCAAACAGCACACAAACCGACAACAACAAUUGCAGCAGGAGGAAGAUACUGAUGACGAGGACGACGACGAUGAUGAUGAGGAAAGCAAAAGUUCCAGUCUGGCUUACAGCAUUGAGGCUGAAAGAAGAAAGAGGUUGGCUGUCUAUUCUCUGAACAUUUGCGUGUCCCCGGGAAUGGAGGAGGAUCAACGCCCCCGUACCUGGUUCAAAGUGCGACCGUACACCAAGAUGAAGAAGGUGUUUGAAAAUAUACCUUAUGCAAAGUUUGGGGUGCCACAAGAAAAGGCGCAGUUGUUUAUUCGGUCUCGCCACAACGAAGGGCAAAUUCAACAAUCACAAACUAUGCUCGAUUUGCAACUGCAGGAAGGAGAUAUAAUUGACCUGGUCCCCCAGAAAGACACUCAUGACGGAGAAGAAAAGUGGACAGGUGAACACAACAAGGUUGAUGGCGAGAAACAUGAAAACGACAAACGUAAAGCCAGUCUCGCCAGCAACGACGAGAAACAGCAACUUCCGCCUACUAGUAUGCAACAGAAACACAAGGCAGCACAACAGUCAGACUCUUCGGUCAACAGUGACAACCAACAAGAUGUCGCAGUAGCAGGCAAGGUGGCAGGAUCCCGCCGUCAGAUCGACAAAACAACUGCAGACAAGAUGACUGAUAGAGCAGAUGAAGUUGCCACGCAUCAGUUGAAGCCGACAAAGCAUGUCUCCGAAGAAGAGGGUGGCCAGAAGAAUGGUCAAGCUGCCUCGAGGGAUAGAGAUAAGGACCAAAAUAUUGCCACCAAUAAUGGAUGCAACGAGCUGGGAAAAGGUGAUAGUGAUGUGGAUGUGGUGGCGGUCGUGGCUAACAAUUCAGAAGGGGCGAAGGGAACGGAUGCCAGAGAACUGGGGCAGACAGAAAGCAGGGAGAAAACAAAACGAUCGUCACUGCGCUUGAGUGGAAAGGCCGAUCACACUACGAAACCGGAAAGUCUUGUCAGCAACUUGGAACAUGCCAGAGAGUAUAGUCGUGCCGACACUGGGGAGACGACUAAACUGAAUGACCAAAACGUAGUCGUCAGAAGAGUAAAGAAAGCUCAUCCAUCCAAGCCACAAUCGCAGCGUCAACCAACGACGACGACGACGACGACAGAAAUCGAAAAGCCUCCAAGCCUCGUCGAUCAGGUUGAGGACUGCUCUGCUAUGAACAACGUUGCUGAUGGUGGACAAGUCUCAGCAACGGGCGCCAAAGACAGGGAAGAAAAAGCUAUGAAAGCUUUUGUGAAGAAGAAUGACAGCCAGUCACCAAAGAAAGGACCCAAGAAAGCAUCAAUGAAAGGACCUAAGGAGCGAGCACAGCAGGAACCUGGAACGAAUGAACCAACACACGCUUCGAAGCGAGCGCAACAGGAACCUGGAAGGAAUGAGCUAACUAAGAAAGCAUCGAACAAAGGACCAAAGACAGCAUCAAAGAGAGGACCCAAGAAGCGAGCACAGCAGGAACCUGGAACGAAUGAACCAACACACGCUUCGAAGCGAGCGCAGCAGGAACAUCGAAGGAAUGAACAAACACGCGCUUCUAAGCGAGCGCAACAGGCACAUGGAAGGAAUGAACCAAAACGCGCUUCUAAGAGAAUGAGGAAGGGAUCAAUAGACAGGUAUUCACCACCGUAG